UUGCAAAGCCUUUGCUUCUAUGUUCUAGCGGCAUUCAAGAGAGAAUCUAAGUUCUCAACAGAGGCUGGGCUGAAGUACUUCCUCUUAGGGGUGUUCUCGCCAGGCCUGUUGCUCUUCGGUUGCUCAUUGAUUUACUACUUCACAGGAGUGAUCGAGUUCUCGGAGCUGUCGAAGGUCUUCGCCUCGCAGAGUGUA